AUCAUUUGUUGUUCAGUUUGUGUCAUUUUUUCUCAAGGGUUAAGCCUUGGGGGAAAUUCUUUUACCAAACAACUGCAGUAUUUUUAACCCAUUGCCAUCAUGGGAGAAUCAUUUGACCCUACAGAUGAAACCAGCUGGUAUGCUGGUGCUAUGACUCGGCAAGCAGCAACAGACAUUCUGAUGAGUGAACAAGACCCUGGAGUCUUCCUGGUCCGAGACUCAACUUCCAUAGUUGGUGACCUGGUACUAUGUGUCAGGGAGGAUAACAAAGUUUCCCACUACAUAAUAAACAAAAUGCCGGAUCAGAAGAAGUAUCGUAUUGGUGAUCAGGAGUUUGCUGACAUGGCAACCCUGCUAAACUUUUACAAACUACAUUAUUUAGAUACGACAGCACUCAUUCGGCCAGCCAAGCUUGGAAUUAAACAAAUCAGAGUAAUCUGCAAAUAUGACUUUGAUGGGUCGGACCCUGAAGAUCUUGCAUUCAAGAAAGGUGAAAUUUUGACUAUAAUCAGCAAAGAUGAAGAUCAGUGGUGGACUGCGCGGAACAGCAAGGGCGACGUGGGCAGCAUACCUGUGCCCUACGUCACAUUGUACGAUGAUGUCCAACGCGUUCAGUCUGCUGCGAGUACUGCCAGCGCGCCAGCCUCCUCCGCUUGUCCCGAUGCUUCAAAUAAUGGCGCUCUUAACAGACCUAAGCCCGGAAUUAAUCAAAAGCUUCCAGCAUACGCGCGCGUAGUCCAGGACAGAGUGCCCAACGCGUACGACAAGACAGCGCUCAGGCUGGAGCGCGGCGACAUCAUUAAGGUGACCAAGACCAACAUGAACGGCAACUGGGAAGGCGAACUUAACGACAAGAAAGGACAUUUUCCCUUCACACACGUAGAGUUUAUUGAAGAUCAAAGCGGCUUAGAAGGCACUAAUGGCACCAACUGAUGCCAUGAAGAUACUGGUGAAGCAGCUCUCGGUGACUCUUGUAAACUUGAUGAAAAUUUUGAUGGCCGGGGUGCUGGUGAGAGCGGCGUAGUUUCUUGCUCGGGAGAUGCAAUCAAGUCGAAUGCCCAGCUGGUAAUUACGAAUGAUGAACAAAAGGCGAUUGUUAUAGUUAAGAAAAAGAGUAAAAAAUAUUCUGCACUUAGUCCUGAUUACCCAAGUGCUCACAUCGGACAAGAAACAUCUGAUGAAACGUGUCGACGCUCAUCAGAAAAUGGAGUUGAAAUGCACAAGAAGAAUGAUGAAGUUAAUCUUGCUUCGCCUAAACCAGCUGAUGCACCAUUCUCUGUUCACGAGGGCAUAUCAAGGUUUUAGAUCAAUUUUGCUGCGAGUGCUGAAAAAAAUUAUUUUUGGCAUAUUAUUAAUUGAAAACUUUCUUGGUGUUCGUUAUAUGUGCUUCUAACUUGUGAA